GAUGCACGCAACACGUAAAGGCGCCUUUGACAUUUUAAUUAGAUGUAAGAGACACCGAGCGGAUGCUGCCCUUGCCCGUGUCAAGGGACGCACACAGAGGCAGCAUCCGCCAAUGUGUAGGGAUUAUUGAGAAUUAAUGAAUUAUUGGGUGAAAGCUAUGGAUUAAUUGCUGGAUUAUGGGAUAAAAAAACCUGCCUGCCUGCCUGGACGCCUGCCUAAUCAAAUGGUAUGCAAUUUUAUUUUUGGCAGACGGUGACUCGCCCCCAUAAGAUGGGCCUCCACAAAAAGCGACAUCUAGGAUGGCUCAAGGGCAAAACCGGUGUGAGGGCUGAGGGUAGAGAGGUGUCACUACACUACUGUACUUUAAACAUAUUGCCAACUCGCCACUUAUACGUUUCCAUAUCCACUCGAGAACUCAGCUCUCGCGACUCCAGCCGGCUAAGGCAGGGGCAUAAAAUCCUCUAUCACCCACCUUUCGGUUGACAGAGAUCCCCAGGACUACUCGGGUACUUGGGGUCGCUGCUCCCCAAGAGCUCGCCACAAGCUGCCCUGCGUUGAUAAUUACAUAUUAUUAUUAGACUGUACAUUACUCAUACAAUACAACAAGUACUAACCCACUCAUAUAUUCUUCUAUUCAGAAAACUAAUUUUAUUUUACAUCUUGUGACUGUCACGUGACUGUGUCCGUAAAAAAUAAAAUAUACUAUUCCACUAGUUAAGUCUUUUGUAUGACAUAAUGAUAUUCCACGUCCACGAUGUACGACCGUGUCCAAAUAUUGCUAUAUAAAUUCUUCGGCAUUCUCAUGAUAAAGUGUCAGACAAAACAACAGGCCGGUAUGAGAAGACAUUCGAUAGUGUUCGUCCUGGUGUUAUCCAUUAUGAUAUUAUCCUACGUCGCUGAACAUGAAGUGACAGCAGCCGCAUCGCCAGAGCCUUGUUUCUUCGACUUUCCAUUCCGGUUGCCCCGGCGCAGGAGACCUAAGGAUGACGAUGACAAUAAACCAGAUAAAGAUAAAGAAAAGAAGAAACAGGAGAAAAUACCUAAGAAAAUAAUUGACCAACUCAAGAAGGAUUUUAAUUCGCUGAUUUCACUAUUUUAAGGUCUAUCCCGAAAGACAAAAUCGUAGAUUAAGUACCUAAUUGUUAAAUGAAGCAAUGUAAAUAUAAUGUUAACUUUAUAAUAAUCUUUUUUCUUUUUCACCGAUUGCUAUCGACGAGUUGUUAUAGCGGCAAAAGAAAAUUUAAACUGUCUAUCCCGGUUCAUGAGAUACAGCCUGGUAACAGACGGACGGACAGCGGAGUCUUAGUAAUAGGGUCCCGUUUUACCGUUUGGGUACGGAACUGAACCCUAAAAAGACCAAAAAUUCAAACAGGAUAAGGGUGCACACCGGCUGCGCAUGCGUAGAUAGGCGCGCGCAUGUGCACGUUGUAAUAUACAUAUCCUUUAAAAGACGACACACCGCUUGCGUGACGUGUGCGUCGUGCACGACUGCCAACAUUUUAGCGCACGCAAGCGUGUACGUCUACACACACGCAUCCGGUGUGCUCUGGCCUUAGCCCGUCACAGACGUAUAAGCAUCUUAUAUAAUGGGACUGUAGUUUUCGGCAUUCUCUCAACGACGUCAACUGCAAAGACGUCAAUAUCAA